UCCAACUGACGUAAAACCUCGUGGUCUUUCUUUUCGUGGAGUUCUUGUAAACAAAAACGUGCAUUUUCAAAAUAUCAAUUAAAUUGAAGAUAUUUUGUUUGAUUGACUCCAGUUUCUUAAUAAAAACUUUCUAAAAAAUGGGCUUUGGUGGCGGCGGUGGACGUGGUCGUGGUGGUGGCGGUGGUUUCGGCCGUGGUGGUGGAGGAGGCGGUGGAUUUGGCCGUGGAGGUGGUGGCGGACGUGGAGGAGGUGGUGGUCGUGGUGGCGGUGGAGGUCGUGGCGGUUUCGGUGGCCGCGAUCGCAACAAUUUCAAUCAAGGACCACCAGAUCGUGUCAUUCCCCUCGGUCACUUUGCCUACAAAUGCGAAGAUGAUUUGGUGUGCAAAGUAGAAAUCGAUGAUGUGCCUUAUUUCAAUGCUCCAAUCUUUUUGGAAAACAAGGAACAAAUUGGUAAAAUUGAUGAAAUUUUCGGUACCGUCAAAGACUACUCGGUGUCGGUGAAAUUGUCGGAAAAUAUGAAUGCCAGCAGUUUUAAGCCAAAUCAGAAACUCUUCAUUGAUCCCUCAAAAUUGUUGCCUAUUGCGAGAUUUUUGCCCAAACCUCCACAGCCUAAGGGUGCCAAAAAGAAGGGACCAGCCGGUGGUGUUGGUGGUGCUAGAGGCGGUGGUCGUGGAGGUUUUGGAGGACGUGGUGGCGGUGGCGGCCGUGGAGGUUUUGGUGGUCGUGGCGGCGGUGGCCGAGGAGGUGGUGGAUUCAACCGAGGCGGUGGCGGAGGAGGUUUUGGCAGAGGCGGCGGUGGUGGUGGCCGCGGAGGCGGUGGUGGCCGUGGACGCUGGUAAAAGAGACUAAGUUAAUUUUAAGUGACUACAUAUUUCGGUAGUUGUUAGAGAAAAAAUAUAGUUUUAAGAUUAUGUUAGAGAGCAUUUUUAACAUAUUCAAUACCGUUUUACACAUAAACAUAAGUAAAUUGUAAAUUUGUUUUUACAAUGGAAAGAAGUUACUUUUUUUAAACAGAAACCCUGAAAUUCAAAACUAAUAAAAAAAACAAAAUACUAAUAAAAA